AUGCCGCCGUCAACCAAAGGGUCGUGUGUGUUGGUGUUUCUCGCCGUGUGCCUCGUGAGCGUGUCCGGUACGCUGAUGCACGAGCUGACCGUGGAGGCGGGCGAGCUGGUGAGAGGUUGUCUGCGCCGUGCCGCUGUGUCCCGGUGGGAUUGUGUGAAGAACGAAAGCCUCAGCGCCGUCCAUCAGCUGUCGGAUGCGCCCAGAAUAGUGCUGCUGGACGGUGUGCAGCUAGUGCAGGUGCCCGGCAGCAAUAGCGAGACGGAGGCGGUUAAUGGCGGUGGUGGGCAAGAUGGCGGCGGUGCCGAGGUGAGCACGUGGAGCAACUCCGUGCUGAGUGCACUGAGACGCCUGCUGGACACGCACGUGCUGGAGGUUGAUCUGUCGCACCGCGAUGACGCGGAAAAGCCACCAGAAGCUGAAAAUACCCGUACGGUGCUGGCUGUACGCUUUGGAGAGCAAUCCCUGCCGGGGACCGGUGCAACCGAGAGUGAAGGACGCCAUCGGCGCCGUCAGCAGAUGAUACCGAUGAUGAUAUUCGGUGUGACGGUGUUCGGCAUGUUCAUCGUCCCGAUCGCCUUCCAGUUCCUGACCGCGCUCAGCGGCAAAGCGUUCCUGAUGGCGAAGUUGGCCCUGCUGCUCGCCUCCAUGAACGGCCUCAAACGGGUCGCAUCGGCCGGUGUGCACUAUGGGCUGUACCAUGCGGUUGACCAAUAUCCCGGCCCGGCACACCAUCCACCACCCCCGUUCCACCAGUUUCCACAUGCCGGCCCGCUGCUGUACGAUCGUGCCGAAGGGCUGUACGCGGACGGACCGCGCCGUAGCGGCAGUACGCUGGCGCCAUUUCUCACCCGACUAGCGAACAGCUUGCCCUUCUAG